AUGAAGCUUGCAUCCUGCUUGUCGAUCCUUUCCGUGAACGCUGGGCUCGUCGCUCUCGUCACAGCGGUACCGACGAGGAGGGCGGCUCCUACCGUGACACUUGAUGAUGGCACUUUCACUGGCGCGGCCAGCGGGACGGUCAACAAGUGGCUGGGUAUACCCUUCGCCAAACCUCCGGUUGGGGAUCUGCGCUUCAACUUGCCAGAAGCGGUCGAUCCGUACACGGGCACUUACACCGUGACGGCAUACGGACCAGCCUGUCCCCAACAGUCCGUCGACCUUCCGCUCAUCAGUGGACUUGCUGGGGAUGCCAUCGAUUUCAUCGUCAACACGAUUUACGGCGCCGUGUUCCCCGAUGACGAGGAUUGUUUGACGAUCAAUGUGGUCGCGCCCACCGGCGUCAACUCGACAUCGAAGCUUCCUGUCGUCGCAUGGAUCUUUGGUGGCGGGUUCGAGCUUGGUAGUCCGUCAAUGUAUGAUGGCUCUGUCAUCGUUCAAAAGUCUAUUGACAUCGGAGAGCCCGUGAUCUACGUUAGCAUGAACUACCGCGUUUCUGCAUGGGGGUUUAUCGCCGGACAAGAAGUCAAGGACGCCGGAGUCGGCAACCUGGGACUGCGUGACCAGCGUCUGGCGCUCCAGUGGGUCCAAAAAUACAUCUCUCAGUUUGGCGGCGACCCGAACAAAGUCACUAUCUGGGGCGAGUCUGCAGGCGCCAUCUCCGUCGGCAUGCAGAUGGUCGCGAACAACGGCAACAAUGAGGGUCUCUUCCGAGCUGGCUUCAUGCAGAGUGGCAGUCCCUUGCCCGUCGGUGAUAUUGCGCACGGUCAGAAGUACUAUGAUGCCCUCGUGGACGCUACAGGCUGCUCUGGAAGCUCAGAUACGCUUCAAUGUCUCCGUGGCGUAUCUUAUGACACAUUGAAGAAGGCAGUAGAUGAGGCUCCGAGCAUCUUUUCUUACCAGUCCUUGUCGUUGGCAUACCUUCCCCGUGUGGACGGCGAUUUCAUCACCGACGCGCCUCAGAAGCUGGUACAACAAGGCAAGGUAGCGAACGUGCCCUUCAUUACUGGUGACUGUGACGACGAGGGCACGCUAUUCGGUCUGGCUAACGCGAAUAUAACGACCGAGGCAGAGCUCAAAGAGUACUUCUUGACGUACUAUGCCCCGGACGCCACCGAUGAGGAAGUGGCCACGACUUUGGCCGCAUAUCCGGCGGAUAUCACACAGGGAUCUCCCUUCGAUACAGGCGUUCUCAAUGCCAUCACGCCGCAGUUCAAGCGCAUCGCUGCACUGCUCGGCGAUCUCGUCUUCAAUGCCCCUCGCCGUUUCAUGCUACAGCAACGGGCCGACCAACAACCCGCCUGGUCCUUCUUGAGCAAGCGCCUUAAGUCGCUUCCCGUGCUCGGUUCGGCACAUGCGACCGACAUUCUCAACGUCUACGCCGACGGAGAGAUGACGGAGUAUCUCGUCCGCUUUGUAGCAACCCUUGACCCUAACGGCGGCUCGCUAUUGGAAUGGCCGAAGUACACGACGAGCAGCCCAACACUCUUGACCUUCCUCGACGGCUUGACCCCGUUGAAGCUGACCCAAGACACGUUCCGCGAAAACGGAUUCGACGUUCUUACAGACCUCAGUUUGAAGUAUCCGCUAUGA